AAACAAAUUUGAACAAAAUUAUUGUGAAGCUAAAUCCUCAUCCCUCACUCUUAAGUAGAUAACAUCAUUUAUUCCAAACAAACAAAAAAAUCACAAAACCAGAAUCCCAAAGAGAGCUUCGAACUCCGUCCCGUUUGCCCAUAAUUGAGCGUCACGUUUCAAGUCUACAACGUACACUGCCUGGCCUCCGUUUCUUGGAAACCACUCUAGCUGGAGGCGGUUCCUCCUUCACCAAGCAGACAACUUACAAGCUCUUAUACUUCGCCCACCCUGAACAACUUGGUGUACGUGACUUGUUGUGGCUAGUCCUUGGAUUUAGUUUGAAAUGAUCGGUUUGCAUUAUUUUAACUUUGAAGUCCACUGAUCUGUCAUCCGUCCAGAUCUUCUAUAACGAAUGACUUCUGGGUGCUACUCACCAUGGAAUCACAUAAAACUCAACAUGAGUCAUUACCGGCUGCUGCAACCCCAGCCACCACUUCAUGUCAAAAGAAGAAGAACGAGCAAGCCACUCUCUUGGAGGAUGUAAAGGAUCACAUUAAUGAUUUUGUCAAUGCAUCUAUGGAUGAACACAAAACGUGCUUCAAGAAGAACAUGCAGAAGAUGUUUGGAAUGUCAAAGAAUGUUGCUGAGAGGAGUGUUGACACCAAGGAAGUUGAGAGUACUCUGCCCCUUCAAAUCACAGUGGCAAAAUAGAACAUCUUCUCUUGCGAUUUAUAGGCAGAUAUCUUGAAAAUCAAACUUUGCUCCCGGCUUUAACCAAUUAGAUUCUGGUGAUAAAUAAUUUGUUAAAAUUGUGGCACUACACUUUCAAUUUGACCAGCACGAAUAAUUCUGGUGAUACAUAGUGUUGAUGACGGUAUGACUUCUUCAUGUGAUUUAUUCUGCUUUGCUAUUA